AUGUCUGGUUCCCCUGACAAUGGAAGCCCUGGUGCCGCCGAGAAGCCUGAAGGCGCUGGACAAUCUGAGCAUCUAAACAUCAAGGUCACCGAUAACAACAACGAGGUCUUCUUCAAGAUCAAGCGAACAACCGCACUCAAGAAGUUGAUGGAUGCCUUCUGCGAGAGACAGGGCAAAGCCUCAUCAUCUGUCCGGUUCCUCUUUGACGGUAGUCGCGUACAACCCACCGAUAGCCCAGACACUCUCGACAUGCAAGACGGCGACACGCUAGAAGUUCAUCAAGAGCAGAUCGGAGGCGCGAAUUAA